UUCAUUUCUUCUUGCCCACGGAGUCAGUUGGGAGUUCCACGCUAGUCUACUGUACAACGCCCUUUACAUUGGAGCUGACCAGCCUGCGCUUCCGGUCUUUUUUGGCACGAUAAUAAAGGAAAAAAACUGCAUAUAUAUGUUGACUUCCCCGAAAUGGGUUAUGGCGCUGCUCAUCUUGCAGAACACAGGCGUAAACUCGUUAUUCUUUCCUGGGCUGUCAAAAAAACACGGUGAAUUUACCUUAGAAUUAGCGAACGCGGAGUAUCCGUCUGUGCCACUAGAGCUCAGCGAAGACGCUGGGUCUGAUACAGCCAAGCGGGUCGGUAAAGAUGGCGAUUUUUCCAAUCGAAAUUAUUCUCGCAUAAGAAAACUUAUCAGCUACGACAUCAAUUGCAAUUUCUCGUCUUGCGAUGGCUGUACCUUAUGUGAAAGACGUCAGUUUCUCGCACGGGAAAGCAAAAUGGAAGACCUUGUCCGGUGUUUGGAUUCUAGAUCGGUUAAAAGAAACAGACUACCCAUUCAUAUCGCUUUCAUUGGGGAUUCGACUGUUCGUCAACACUUUAUUAGCUUUACCCAGUGGCUCCCUGAUUACGAUAGGACGAUUGUACGAAAUUCGACGAAGGAUGCCGAGUUUGCAUUUCACGAGGACCGCAAUCUGACUAGUAAGUUGAUGGACAACUUAAUCGUUUCCUUCUACUGGCGCCCACUCAUCCAAGAAGAUUUAAUAGCUGAUUUCAAACGUUGGGCAUCAAGCAGCAAAGGUAUUUCAGUACCCGACUUUAUUCUUCUAGGUGUAACAGCUCACCAUAUAGACAAACGCAACAUCCUGGAUUUUGAAAAAUUCGAAAAUCUUCUGGGAAAUGAGUUGAUGCCUUUGAUCAACCGGAGUUUGACUGUCCAUUCUCAUCAAGAGAUUGUCUGGUUAAGCCAAAGUCGAACCACUCAAACCUUUUCUAGCAAGAAUGUUUAUUCGCCUUUGAUUGAAAAGUACAACGAGAAAAUCCAUCACAUUUUUAAGGACACAAGAGUUGUUUUAUGGGACUCCAUCAAUGCCCUUAUUGCGGAGUAUUUACGAGCUUGCGCCAUAAGAGAAUUUAAACGAGGAGACAAACUGUGGUACAGUAACUGCGGAGAUUUUAUUCACCCAGGAUUUUCCGCCUUGUUUCUAAGCACGUCGCUCAUCGUCGACCACAUCUGCCGAUCCACCUAGUUUUGGAUCAUUAAACAUCAUGACAGCAUUAGUGUACU